AUGCGCCCCAAGUUCAAGUGCCACCCCAAUGGCGACCUUACUGGCUCUGUGAAAAGUUUUUAUGAUUCUGAUGAAGAAGAGGACUUUUUUCUAAGGAAACCAUCAGGACCAAGAUUUGGACCUAGAAAUAAUAAAAUUAAGCACGUGCAGAAUAAAGUGGAUGAGGGUCAAAAUUCUUUCAUAGGUGUCAUUUCUUCCUUUUUUCGCAGGAAAUUUGUGUUCUUCAACAUCCCUCAGAUCCAGUAUAAGAACCCCUGGGUGCAGAUCAUGAUGUUUAAGAACAUGACACCCACGCCCUUCCUGCGGUUCUAUCUAGAUUCCGGGGAGCAGGUCCUGGUGGACGUGGAGACCAAGAGUAACAAGGAGAUCAUGGAGCACAUCAGGAAGAUCCUGGGGAAGAGCGAGGAAACGCUCAGGCAAGAAGAGCUGGAGAAGCAGCAGCGAUCUCAUCCGGCCAACUUCGGCCCCCCGAAGUACUGCCUGCGGAAGUGCAUGUGCCAAGUGGAAGGGCAGGUGCCUUGCCCCAGCCUUGUACCCUUGCCUAAGGAGAUGACAGGGAAGUACAAAGCUUCAUUGAGAGCCAGUGCCCAGGAUUAAAACCUCAAACUGCGAAUGGGCUGGGACAGUGCAUCUGCCCAGUGUAGAGGUAGAGUUGGUUACUGUGGCCCUGAAGAUGCUGGCAGGCCCUUGCAGAGGCCCCUCCAGUAAAGGAUAUGGGAGAGAGAGGUGUGGCCAUCAAUAAAAGGCUUCUCUUCCCAG